UCUCGGGCUGGCCGUCGAACGACGUAAUCACAAUUUACUUUGGUCGAAAAAUAAUUGUUACUUGGAUGUUGCAACAAUCUUUUAAAGCCAUGGAUCAAGGAUUUGUCUCCUUUUUAAACAAAAGAAAUUCCAUUAUUGCUUUACUUCAAGAUCACGAAAUGGAUAAUCUUUUUGUUUCCGUUCAUUAAUUCCACUUAAAAUUGGUGCAACAGCAUCAAUAACCUCUUUUAGUAAAAGACUGAGCCAGCCCAUUGUUGUUAAUGCUUGCCAAAUUCCCAACAAUGGUAAAUUAACUUGGCUAUAAAGGAAUACCAGAGAAAUCAGUAGCCAACAAGCAUGCCCAUGAUUGGUUGCCAAGAAAUUUAAGGUGGAUUGACCGGUUUUAGCCUUGGAAAUGCCAAAAUCAAGAAUCAAGCUUCCUGUUUAUGUCCACGCAAAUCACUAACGUUAAAUUAACGAAGUUGGGAGAACUUUGUGUUGGUUAUUUUCCAUCGUUCCACUUCGCUGGGAUUUCCUGUUCCAGGCUCAAAAACACAAGCGUUAAACGUGUCAAGUAAUUAAUCAUUCUGUUCUGACAACUGCUGCCUCCAUGAUUACUCCACCAUGACAAUGUCUGCAAAAUCAGAAAAAACAGGGAACAAGGAACAGAGUCCUACCUUAAUCCCAGAUUAACAACGCAGAGACGAUAUAUUGUUGGAUUCGGUUUCUGGGUUUGUCUACUCGGUUCCCGAGCUCAAAUGGGUCGUAGGCAAGCUGACUCAGAUUUCGGUCGUUUUACGCUUUUGGUCCUCUUAAUCAUAGCCGCAUUCUCCUGUUGCAUGGCCUAUCUUAGCUUCUCCGUUGCGUUUAAAAGCAGUGGCAAUAUGGAUUCUGUUGGUUCGAGUGAACUUUCAAGGAGGAGCGAUGAAGAAGACACAGAAGAGGAAAAAGGGUGUUGCAGAGGGAUUGAGCAUUUAGAGCUGUGGGGUGAUGCAGUGAAAUGGGGAUCGGAAUUCAAAGUGAAUUCUUCAGACGAGUGUUGUAACGCUUGCAAGGAGAUGUGCAAAGGUGACGAUGGGCCUUGUUUGUGUGACUCUUGGGUGUUUUGUGGCAAUAGAGAGGCCUGCGGGUCUAGAUUUGGUGAGUGUUGGCUGAAGAAACAAAAGGAUGCCUUGGAUCCUGAUCGGCGAGACUCAGGUGAUGCAGUUAUAUGGACAUCUGGCUUAAUCUUUGGUAAAGGAGAGGGUAUUGUUAAGUUGAAGACAGAGUAUGGGGCUCUUCAUGUUAAACUUUUGCCAGAUUGUGCUCCACAUUCUGUUACCUAUAUUCUUGAGCUGUUGGCAUUACAUCAUUGUGCGGGUUGCCAAUUUUAUCGUGCUGAAAGCCGGGGAAACUCUUGGGAUCCUCAAGGAAAUCACAUUGAACAUGCUACAUUUGGCCCCCCAUUUGCACUAAUUCAAGGAACACUUGAAGUCCAUGGGCCUGCAUUUAAGGAUAUUCCAGUAGAGGCUUGCCCCACAGUAAGAAGAGGAUCGAUUGCAUGGGUUGGGUCUGGCCCAGAGUUCUUUAUCAGUCUAGCUAACCACAAUGAGUGGAGAAAAGCAUACACGGUGUUUGGUUAUGUUCUACCCGAAGGUAUGGAAGUUGUGGAGAAAAUAGCGCAGCUUCCAACAAUACCAGAGGUGUGGAACAAUAUGAAUGUAUCUGUCUUGGAAAGACCUGUUCCUUUACGGUUCCUAAGAAUGAAGGGAAGUGCUUGAAGGGAAGUGCUUGAGAUCUGAUGCUGAAUAUGUUCAUCGGAAUCAAAGUGCAGAAGACUGUAGUGCGGCUGUGCGGGGAUGUUUUUCAUCUCCUACUUGAAGAUUCUGAUGUAUAAUGAUUUACAAACUCUGUUACUUGGAUCAUUUGAGCUCCAAGUUUGCUUUGAUAGUUUGAUAUGUGGAUGCAUAGCAAUACAUACCCACCAAAAUUUUGUAUAUAUAAGGGUCAGUUACAAAAUAUAAUCAAUUUGAGCCUAAUUUGGGCUUUAAAAAAGCAUAGAUCAUGUAGUUCUUGCUGUGGAAAAAGGGUUGCCUUUUCUUCUGUGUUACUCUGUGGAAUAAGUAGGAUGGUCUAGAGAUUGUUCACCCUCACAACUUAAAAGAUUAGCAUGCUUGAUUUCAAUAGUUGAUUUCACUCAGUUCCAUUGAUUGAUGGCGUCAACCAGCUUUGAAAUAAUCCUUUUUAUAAAUUUAUGGAGGAUCCGUAGCACAUUGGUAGCGCUUCUGACUCCAGAUCAGAAGGUUGGACGUUCUA